CCAGCAAAUCAGUUGAUCGUCAUCGCCAGAGAAAUGAGCCAUCCCCAAAGGAGAAAAGGCUUUCGCUAUGAAGAGAGCUAUCCAUCGACAGUAUGGUAAUAGUGACACUGUCAUGGAGUUGCUCUCUUUGUGGACGUCGCCGAAAUCAUCAAUGAAAAAUUCAAAAAUCAGCCGACAACUACUGCACCAACCUGUUGCAUGUUUUCUCAACUCGGGUUUAACAACCCCAUUCGCUGUGAGGAACGCGCCAACUGCAUUGCAGGUCUACGUCACGUUUAGUAUUAUUCCCCAUGAACUCCAAACACUAUAAAACAGUUCUCCUUUCAUGCCAUGCAGUCCCCAGCACGUAUUUCAAUUAAAAAAAAAAAGUUCAAUUCUUUUGUUCAAGCCCAGACGAGGUACCAAUGGAUUUUAUGUAUUUUUUUUAUCAAGACGUGCUAUUACACGUGUGAUAAAGUCCGUUGAUUUUUUUCGUCAUUCAUUACCAAGAAAAUUUAAUCAUUAUUUAUCAUCAAUUAUCACCGAAGCUCGUUAACAUCAGCCGAAUAUUUCUAGCAGUGAAAAAAUAUAUUUCUAUUCAUUAAGAAUGAGGUAAUCAUUAAUCUUUUCAUUUAAUUUAACUGUCAAUUCUUUUGCUCAAGCCCAAUGUUAAUAGGAUUUAUGUAAUUUUAUUAUCAGUGCGUGUUAGUUCAUUCGUCAUUAUGCAAAUUUGUAUGAUGUGUGGUUUAUGAUUUUGUAAGCACAACUGCGUGUACUGCAACCGGCACCAGACAGCAAAUAAGAGGAUUCAGGAGUGAUAAAGAAAUUAAAAAUGACGAGUUCAUUUGAUUGCGGAGAUAACAAUUGCAAAUGACAUUUAUUAAUUUGCAGUUUGAAUUAAAGUCUGGGUGCGAGCAUUUGCAAACAUCGAUACGGUUUUGUUGGAAAUUCUUAUUUGGUAUUUUGACCUAAUUCUCUCUUUCAGGACACAUUACUAUUGUGCAAUUCAUGAUGAAAAUUGAAAAAAUUAAUACAAUGUCUAAUAAAAUUCCACUGAACUUUCACUAGAGGUUCAACCGCAUUUUAUUUUUUUUUCGUACGUAAUUCACAUUACAGAAUGAGAAAUCCCGGCACAAUUUCAUUCUUUUUCAAACAAGUUGCUUAUAAACUCGUGCAUAUCUCUCUCCCAAUGCAGGUCAUAGAGGGAAAUAAAGAUAGUGGUGCUAAUGACGAGCUUGAGCCUCGGUAUGGCUCACCAUUCCUCGAAAAUUGCAUUUUUCUAUUUGAUCGAGUUAUUGGAAACUCAUGAAUGAGUACAAUCAACGUACCUGAUUCACUCGUCUGAAAAAGUGAAACAAAGUCAGUUCUCCUAAGAAUCUCCCUCUUCAUUGGCAUCGGAAAGUUACAUACGUCGAGUGAUAAAAGGUUUGCUGUCACCACGUUCUUGUCAACAUCAACGAAUACUUCAACAGAUCUACGAAUGAAAAUUCGUAUAAGUUUUGUUGUUUGAAAAUGUCGAAAAAUGAUCCAUCCAAAGACGACGAGGAGUACUGGAACAGCAGUGAAAAGCACUCGUUCAGUUUUGACCAAAAUACGGAGAUAGACAAUUUAUUUGGAAUCUCCAAGAGUGGCACAGCUCAGCUGAAAGCAGGAAUUUCAAACAUCGAAGUAUCUGAUAAUUAUUUCAAGUUCGAUAAUAUUCCAUCAGACACGAGGCCAUUAUUGUCGGUCAUUUCUGAGGCUACUUUGACCACAAUUCUCGAAGCAGACAAGGUGUAUCUCCCCGAGGAAUCCCCAGUGGUAGACCCCACGAUAACCCUCCGCAGAAUUCUCCUGGGUCAGCCCUUUUCCCUUGAAAAAUACAAGUCUCUGUCCAACAAAACUGCUCUCCUGGAUGCAGCCAUCUCAUCCGGCAAUGGCGACGCAAUCCUGAUAAUCAUCCUUUUCAUCACCAAAACCUUGAAGCCAGCCCUAGUCCAACGGCUGCUGAUGGAGAGGUCCGAUGCAGUGAACAUCUAUGUCCACUAUCUCUCAACUCGACUCAUGAUGAAUGAAAUCACAGAUCUCUUGGCGAUGCAGGGAAGGCCCAUCGACGCAGCCAUGACGAACCUCAACGUCAUCAUCAAGAACACCAGGGAUGAGGCUCGAUUAAUCCAGAAGCUGAACAAGUGUUACAAAACUCAGUUCAUGAACUCUCCGGAGUGCAGGGAGACCCCUUUCGUCCAAAAUUAUAUUAAACUCCUGGAGUGGAAGACAGCGUUGAAGAAUACGAAAUUGCUCGAGGACUUUAAACCAAAUUCUUCAGUUCUCGAUUGCUUGAGGUACUCGUGUAGAGAACAUUAUGGGGCGUCAGAUGGUACUCUUGUGGCACCAGCUAUGCUAGAUCAUCAGCAUGAAAUUAGUCCUAGGCAGUAUCAAAAGGUCGCCCUGGAGGCCAGAGUGGGUGUUAAAGCUUGGGAGGAUGUUGAUGGUCUCCUGUUAUCGAAGGGAUGGCUGGGCAGUCACAAAUUACAAACAAAUCUGCCGAUCGAGGAUGUUUUGAAGAUUCUGAAUAAAGGAGAAGCACCAACAGCAGUUCUAGAUAAAUUCCUGAGAUAUGUGGACAGUGUGGAGAGGAGAUUGCACCUCGCAAAGUUCUUUUCCUGUCCCAAGACAGUUAUUGAGAUUCUAGGAACACAAGGAGAUCGAACAUCUCUCCUGGAAUACCGAGACACUCUGGUACCCCAGUCAGAAGCAUUUUUCCUUGCUGAACGAACACUCUCAUCCCCCACAAUCCGUUGGAAAUCGUGAAUGAGCAAAAUAUAAUCUAUUGAAUCACUUGAAUUAGUGGGGAAAAAGUACAGAUGGAGGAACCAGGUUGACGUCAAAUAAUUGAUAAUCUAAUCCUUCGAUUGAUGAUGAAUUGAAUAAUGAUGAGUAAAUUGCUGAUAGAUAAAAUAAGUCAGCAUAGUUUUCAUUUUUUUGUUGAAAUAAAAAAUGAUUUUCUAUAUGAAUAAAAAUUCUUUCCUCUCUUUUCCAAAGCAGGAGUGCAUAAGAACAACGAUUCAUUCAUUCUAUGAAAAUUGCAUCUUUAUUUCUGUAUAGAAAAUGUAACAAAAUGUGAUGUUAAUAAAGUAAUGUUGUCAUAUAAUGAAAAAAAUAUAUAA